AUGCGGCGGCCCCCUGGGAAUGCAGAGGCAGCCAGCAAGGGUCCAGGUGGCUGGGGCCUAUGGGGAGUCCAGGUGCCCAGGAGGCUGUGUUGUGCUGAGCGCGCUAGGAUUCCCUGUCGGGGGCGCCCCCUCCGCGUCGCCCUCGUGGCCCAGCCUGGAGUCGCCUGCAGCCCGGGCGACGCGGGACAGAGGCUUGGCAGGGAGCGCGCUGGUGGGGAAAGGCCUCGGAGCCGGCGGGGGGAGAGCGGGGCGGGGGCGGGGGCGGGGGGCAGCGGCCGGCCCUCGGGUUGGGCCGGCCCGGCGGCGGCGGCGCUGGCGGCCACUCCGCGCCGCGGCCUCGGGAGCUCCAGCUGUGCGCCGCCACCGCGGGCUGCUCACAAGCGCCGCCGCCGGGGUCCCGAUCGCUGUGGGCAGGCCUUGCUACAGAUUGGGAUCAACAUGAUGGCGCUGCCCGGAGGCCGCCACCUGGACUCCAUGCCCCUGCCAGGGCAGCGGCUGCACCUGAUGCAGGUGGACUCAGUCCAGCGCUGGAUGGAGGACCUGAAGCUCAUGACCGAGUGUGAGUGCAUGUGCGUCCUGCAGGCAAAGCCCAUCAGUCUGGAGGAGGACGCACAGGGCGACCUCAUCCUGGCGGGUGGCCCCAGCCUUGGGGACCCCCUGCAGUUGCUGCUCAAGCGGGGCUGGGUCAUCAGCACUGAACUGCGCAGAAUCGGGCAGAAGUUGGCCCAAGACCGCUGGGCUCGUGUGCACAGCAUGAGCGUGCGUCUCACCUGCCACGCCCGCUCCAUGGUCAGCGAGUACACUGCUGCCAGCAGGAGUUCCUCACAGGAAAUGAGCCAGGUUGAGAAGCUGUUAAUGGAGAAGUGCUCAGAGCUCUCGGCCAUCACAGAGAGGUGCCUCCAGGUUGAGAGUGAGCAUGUCCUGAAGUCGAUGAAGGCUUGCGUGAGUGAGACCCUGAGCACGCUGGGGCAGCACUUUGGCCAGCUGCUGGAGCUGGCCCUGACGCGGGAGGUGCAGGCACUGGUGAGAAAAAUCGAUGCCUCAGACAACAUCUAUACGACGGAGUGCAGCACAGGGAACCUGUUCAGCCUGACCCAAGAGGGGGCUGCCUUGUGUCGCAUCAUAGCUAAGGAAGGAGGUGUUGUAGCCCUGUUCAAGGUCUGCAGACAGGACAACCUCCGGUGCUUGUACCCCCAGGCGCUCCGCACACUGGCCUCCAUCUGCUGCGUGGAAGAGGGUGUCCAUCAGCUGGAGAAGGUGGAUGGCGUUUUGUGCUUGGCCGACAUCCUGACAGACGACAGCCACUCAGAGGCUACAAGGGCUGAGGCUGCGGCCGUGGUGGCCCAGGUCACCUCCCCGCACCUGCCCUUCACCCAGCACCUCAGUAGCUUCCUGGAGAGCAUGGAGGAGAUCGUGACAGCCCUCAUCAAACUGUGCCAAGAGGCCUCUUCUGGUGAAGUCUUCCUGCUGGCCUCCGCGGCCCUUGCCAACAUCACCUUCUUUGACACAAUGGCCUGUGAGAUGCUCCUGCAGCUGAAUGCCAUCCGCGUCCUCCUGGAAGCCUGCAGUGACAAGCAGAGAGUGGACACGCCUUAUACUCGGGACCAGAUUGUGACCAUCUUGGCAAACAUGUCCGUCCUGGAGCAGUGUGCCUCUGACAUCAUUCAGGAAAAUGGGGUUCAGCUCAUCAUGGGCAUGCUGUCUGAAAAGCCAAGGUCUGGGACCCCCGCCGAAGUGGCAGCCUGUGAGCGAGUCCAGCAGAAAGCAGCGGUGACCCUGGCCCGGCUCAGCAGAGACCCAGAGGUGGCCCGGGAAGCUGUGCGUCUCAGCUGUAUGUCGCGUCUCAUCGAGCUCUGCAGGUCCCCGUCGGAGAGGAACAGCAGUGACGCUGUGCUGGUGGCCUGCCUGGCUGCUCUGCGUCAGUUGGCUGGGGUCUGCCCUGAAGGCCUCCAGGACUCUGACUUCCAGCAGCUGGUCCAGCCCCGGCUUGUGGAUUCCUUCUUACUCUGCAGCAACAUGGAGGAGAGUUUUGUGUAGCGCCUGUUGGAGAGGAAAGCCGCAGACCCCACUCAUGCCCUCUCUGAGUACACACUGUGGACACACCUGAGUACACACCAGCUCUCCUCACCUCCUUAUUUAUACUUAAUUUAUUUUUUACAUGAAAUAGGGGGUAAUAUGUUAUACAACAUCAUCUAACAGUCUGUGGUCCUUGGAAUCUUUUUUGUUUUUAUUUUUUGACUUCUGUGGCUUUUCAGUUGCAGAUGUUGAAAUGCAUAAUGGUUUAUAUGACAGAUUGUCAUGAGCGAUUUCACUUCAUCUUGUUUUUUCUACUCUCACUUAUCAUUUUUUAAAACUUUUGGAAACAGAGUAUUUUAACUGUCCAGAAAUUUUUUAAAAGUUGAAUUCACUCUUUCCAAAAAUGUAAGAUGAAUUUCAUAGUUGGACAGAAUAUUGGAAGGAAAGUUUGUUCUUUAAUAAAUAGAAU